GAGAAAAAGUCACUCACCUUUAUUAAUGUCUUCUCUUUUUCAGCGAUGAAUAUUAAUUUUUGUUCCUGAACAAAGCGAAAAUUAAACGAGGGAAGCGAUGCGCGUCUUCUUAUCAUAAGAGAUUCUAUGGCUCGUUGCUAAGCAACGAGGUUUUGUUUCACCCCCAACCAAUAUGACCGCUAAAAUCGUGGAAGGGUCUAUUUAAGAACGUUUUAAGAACUUUCCUCGGGAUGAGAGUCGAUUAAGAAUGUUUUGAUUUUGCUAUUCUGUAUAUUGAAUGACAAGCAUAAAAUCAAGGUAGCAAAUGUAACUUAACCAAAAUACUCAAUUAAUUAAGGGCAUGUUUUGUAUAACAUUAACAUCGGUGACACCCACCUCGGUUUGUCAUAAUCAGCAGUUCUUAUUUAUAACUGUUUCAAAUUAACUUCCACAUCAUAAAAGUCAUCAGGUGAUACAAAGUCUGAAAUAGUGCCUACCAUGUAAUUUGCGCACAUCUUAAGAAUGUUUUCAGCCUCGACUCGCAAAAAAAUUUAAGAACGUUCAGCCUCAGCUCCAAAAUUAGACGUUCUUAUAAAAAAAAAGAAAGAGUAUACUAGUUAGUUUUAUUUCCGUUUUAUAGGCCACGGAAUGUCGAUUUUAUCGAGUACUGGUUCUACCUAAUUCUAUAUUGUGCAAUGUGAAAGUUCAGAGUUUUCUCGUCUUGGUCGUGACAAUACUCUGAGUCUUGUAGUGGAAAGGGUAAAGGUCGCAAAAUUAUUCGAUCAUGAGCCCACGCGCAAAUUUGUUCUUGGUUACGUCAUUCUAUCACGCACGGCUAUGCAAACAUACUGUAAAUAUGUGCCAAACAUACAAUUUAUCAAAGUAAAUAACGAACCCCUCCUUAACCAACUGGAGGAAAAUGUGACCGUAGACUGGUCUUCUUUAGGGCGAUGACUAUUACUAUCCUCGACACCCCACUGAUUGACAGAGAGUCAACAAAAAUGAAAACACUGGACGUCAAUGAGUGUAAUACCCGACCAUGCCAGCAUACCUGUACCAAUACGUUCGGUAGUUUUACAUGCAGUUGUCAUUCGUGCUACACCAAAGUGGGUUUAAAAUGUGAGCUGAGGCAAUGUAAAAUCAACAACCAGUGUUAUGCGUAUGGCAGAGUGAACCCAAGUAACCAGUGUCAGAAUUGCAACAGUGCAAACAAGAAUGCUUGGACAAACGACAACAAUUUGCCGUGUAACGACCGAAAGGCAUGCACUAGAAAUGAUCGCUGUUCCAGUGGGGCUUGCUCAGGCACACCUUUCUCGUGCCUCUCUUGCGAGGAGUGCUACAAUGAUGCGUGCCGCGUGAAACCUGGAUACUGCGUGAUUAAUGAAGGUGGAAGACGACAGUGUUUUCGUCACGGAGCCUUACGACCAGGACAUCAAUGCCAGCAAUGCGACAGCAACUACAAUAAUAGGUGGACUAACAACAACAACCUUAGGUGCAGCGACAACAACUUGAAGACCAAAAACGACCGUUGCUCAAGUGGCACGUGCGUCUGCACGCCCUACAACUGUCUAUCAUGUGAAACGCAUGACGGCAGUGGCUGUCCGAUCAAAUCUGGAUUUUGCAUAAUACUGCAAGGAGGCCAAAGGACAUGCUAUGCCAAGAACCAAUACAAGCCUGGGAAUCCUUGUCAAUGGUGUAACCCUGGCAGUAGUAUCAGCACGUGGUCUAAUAGAGACGGUGUGGCAUGUGAUGACGGAAACGCAUGUACACGUGCAGACACGUGUCGAAGCGGCCAGUGCACAGCUACACCUUUCAACUGCAACUCAGAUUGUCAGUACUGUAAUGGCAACAGUUGCAGUCUGAAAACUGGAUUUGGUUUUGUGAACAGCAAGUGCAUGUGCAAGAUAGCAGGCCGGGACUACAGCCACCAAGCAGUGAGUCCAUCAAAUCAGUGUCAGUGGUGUGACUUGUACGAUACAGCAGCUCGAGCCAACAGUGCAUGGAGCAAUCGUCCAGCGGUACCUUGUGAUGAUGGAAACAAAUGUUCAAAACAAGACACGUGCAACGCUGGCAGAUGCGUAGGACAAGGUUACUCUUGCCAAGCAUCUUAUCCCUCUACAAGCUGUAUUCAAACCUCGCAGUGUGUAGGUGACGGAUCUUGCCGCGCGAUCAUGAGGCCAAUUGGAACAAUCUGCCGCCCGGCUGUGGACGCCUGUGAUCGCCCUGAACGGUGUGACGGACGCCUUGGAACAUGCCCAGGCGGUAAGACAGACAGCAUUACCUUGACUACUGGCACUGUACAGCUUCAGGACCAGGCAUUUAAGACAACCAUAUCUUUUCAGCACUCUACCGGUAAGCUUCACCUAAGGAUGUCCGGAUUCUCCUUUUUAUGCGGCCAAUUGACACUUAAGUGGUUCCUUCUACCAGCAUCCUCUGCUUGCAAUACCGUGUCCGGCGUAAAAGGAACGUUUUCGAAUGGUAACUUUCAACAAACGCUGACUGGACUAAAUCUUCAAGAUAACAGCAAAUACAAAGUUGCAAUACAAGCUUCUGAUAUGAGAAAGAAAAAUGCACAACUGGUCUGCAGCCGGGAGAUCACAAUUGACACAUCAAAACCACAAGGUGGGUGGAUCCGCGAUGGAGCUGGGGCUGACUUGAGCUACCAGGACACUAAAGUCUUGCAAGUAAACUGGGGAGGAAUUCAAACCAGACAUGGUGUUGCCAAGUAUGAAUGGAAAGUUCUCUCAAAAUCGUUUAGCACUAACCAGACAACCGAGCUCAUGGGUUUUACCAGCGUAAAUCUAAAUACUAACGCAGGUAAGACCUUCAAUGGCGUCACAGACGGUUCAAGGGUCACAUUCGUCGUUCGCGCUUUCACAAAAGCUGGUUUGUUUUCUGACAUCACUAGCGAUGGAGUUGUUAUUGAUACUUCCCCACCCGUGGCUGGCAAGAUCUAUGACGGAAGUCAACUUCGUGUAGAUCUCAAGUAUGCAAAAUGGACUACUACGUUCAGUGCAAACUGGGAUCGUUUUACCGACCCACAUUCCCCUAUCUCACGAUAUUCCUGGGCAAUUCAGAGAAUAGGAGGUGGUUUAAUCACGUCAUUUAAGACAACUGCUCUAAACCGCUCUCCCACUGCAAAUAAUCUGAAUCUCGUUUCUAAAGAAGGUUACUGUGCGGUAGUCAGAGGUUACAACGAGGCUGGUCUGUUUACCCAAGUCAAAUCCGACUGCGUGCUAAUUGACCAUGAUGCUCCACAAGCUGGUGUAGUAAAUGACGGACACUUCACUGAUAUAGACUACCAAUCCGACAAUACAUUGAUAGCAGCAAACUGGAAUGGUUUCGCAGACGGGAACAAAGGGAGCGGAAUCGUAGAGUACAAAUACAGAGUAACAGAUAGCAGUGGACGCGUUGUUGUGUCUUGGACGUCGACAGGAAAAGCAACAAACGUCACACAAACCGGACUGACGUUAGGAAACAACGCGAAGUAUUUCGUGACUGUUAAAGCGAUGGACGCAGCUGGUCUCACCACUGACGUCACUACGGAUGGCGUUACCGUGGACACGACUCAUCCAGUUUUCACUGGUAAAGUUAAAGUAACUGGCGAGGAUGACUUCAUAAAUGGAACUGCAUGUGUCUAUGUGUCAAGUGUCUCGUCAUUGUCAGUUGACUGGGCUGGCUUCUCUGAUGCUCACAGCGGUCUCAGGCGUUACGAUUGGGCUGUCAUGCCUCUUGGAAGAUCACCAUCAAACUCCGACUUCAAUUCAGUGCCAGGACCUCAUUUGUCGACCUCAGCUACGUUUACAAAUUUAGCACUAUCUCAAGGAAAACCGUAUCAAGUCAUCAUCAGAGCACACAAUGGUGCUAAACUGUAUAAAGAUGCCCAUUCCGUCACUGUCAUACCCGAUGCUACACCUCCAUCCCAAGGAAACGUUAACGAUGGACCAACAUCAGGAGUAGACAUCGACUAUCAGGCAGACGUGAAGCAUGUUUAUGGUUCCUGGACAAAGUUCCCAGAACCUCAUACUGAAGUCAAGCAGUACUAUUUUGCCGUCGGUAGCUGUAUCCCUGGUAACUAUCAUGUGACAGGAAAUACUUUCCUCAAGGUUAACCCUUCACAGGCCACUACCUUUAUGCUAACAAAUCUCACACUGGUCAAUGGUCAAAAGUACUGUAUUAAAAUAAAAGCUGAAAACAGAGCUGGAUUAAUAAGCUCCGAAGUUUCUACGGAUGGCUUUGUGGUUGACGUGACUCCCCCAAGCUUACAAAAUGCUCAAGUGCGUGACGGAAGUUCAGGCUCAGACAUCGACUAUCAAGAAAAUACCACGGCACUGUCAGCAGAAUGGGAUGGUUUCGCCGACCCUGAGUCUGGAAUCCAAUAUUAUGAGUAUGGAGUUAGCAGAAAUCGUGGAGGAGCUGUUGAUGUGUCUCCUUUUCAAAAUGCAGGGUUGAAUACCUCAGCCACCGUUAAUGGUCUUUCCCUGGCUGACGAUGUAUAUUAUUUUACUGUUUGCGCUGUGAACUUUGCUGGACUGCGCGACUGUAUGAGCUCUGACGGAGUGCUGAUUGAUUUUAGCCCUCCAAGCCAUGGUGUCGUGCACGAUGGAGUCAUUGAGCCAGAUCUUAAGUAUCAAUCUUCUCUAUCAGAUAUGGCUGCAAACUGGGAAGGAGUCUGGGACUUGGAAAGUGGAAUUCAACAGUUUGAGUGGAGUAUUGGUACAAGCGCGAAUGACAAAACCAGUGUUCAAGAUUACACGGAUGUUGGUCUUUCGACACAUGUCAGAAGUCAAGGAGUCCUUACUUUACUGAGUGGAACAAAAUACUAUGUGCAUUUAAAAGUGAAAAAUCAGGCUGGCGCUGUCAGGGAACUGGUUUCGGAUGGUGUCAUUGCAGAUGCAACUCCACCAAUACCGAGUACAAUUCUUCCAGGCUUUGGAUCACAGGCUGGGUGGAGGUACAACGAACAAGACAACACUUUCUACUCGGCUUCUGAAUCUGACAUUGCAGUUUACUGGAAGAGCUUCUCCGAGCCUGAAAGUGAACUUUGGUACUAUAAGUGGGCCAUAGGUACGAGUAAAUGUGGAACUCAAGUUCAACCAUUCAUAAACAUUGGCCGGUCCACCUACGCCAACACUUCGAUGACGAACCUAAUCUUUACGCCCGGUGUAAAAUAUUACGUCACUAUAACGUCUCGAAACCGAGCUGGUCUCGUCUCGCGAUCAUGUUCGGAUGCAUUGGUCUUUGAUGGCACACCACCGAAUCCGGGAGAAGUAAAAGUUAGACAAUCAUCAGGUCGAAAUGGAAGGAAAACAUUUGUCAGCAACAGUAGUAUCACUGUUUCCUGGGGCGAGUUUAACGAUAUGGAAAGUGGCGUGAAAAGCUGCAAUAUAUCCGUUAGGGACACAGCGGUACAACUUCUUUUUCUUGAGAAGAGCAAUGCAUCUUCGAGUAAUGUUUCGCUGAUUUCGAGUGUUCUUCUUCAUGGUGAAAGUUAUAAUGUCAGUGUAGUUUGCAUAAACAAUGCAGGUCUCGUUGCUUUUUCAACUGUCGAAUUUGCCGUCGAUAACACGCCACCUAUUCAGACAGGUCCCAUUAAAGCUGGGGUAUCACGCAAUCAAUCCUUUCAAUAUCAGUCAGACACAGAAUCCAUUGUAGCCACAUGGUCUCCGUUUGCCGAAUAUGAGAGUGCUGUCCUGAAUUACCGUUUUGCUAUCGGUACUCAGCCGUUCCAAGACGAUAUCGUCAGCUUUGAGAACGUACAACUAGCAACGCAGGUCACCAAGAACGACCUUAGCCUUUCCCAUGCGAACGUUUAUUACGUAACAGUUAUAGCAACGAACCUUGCGGGUUUAAGUAAAAACGUAUCUUCGCUUGGACUCAUUAUAGACACAACUCCUCCAUUAGCUGUUGACAGUGACAUCCACGAUGGCGUAGGUGGGGAUGACAUCGAAUACAUUUCUCCAAACAUGGCUAUUCAAGCCUACUGGGAGGACGUAAGAGAUCCAGAGAGUGGCAUUAUGGAAAGCAAGUAUUGUUUAGGGACCAAGCCUCGAGGCUGUCAGAUAAAAGCAAUGGCAAGUGUUGGAGCCAACUUAUCAUUCACCUGUCCGACCUGUCAUGCAUAUGCAGGGGAGAGAGUGUAUGUAACGGUGCACGUGACUAAUGGAGCUGGUAUUUCUGUGACUCGCAGCUCUGAUGGAAUGCUUUUGGAUGUAAGUCCACCGCUAAUGGGUGACGUCAUCGACGGAAACGAUUUAGCAGGAGUAGACUAUAACGUCGUUCUUGUGAACUGGAACGUUUCUAUGUCUUGGUUUGGCGUUGAAGAUGCCGAAAGUGGGGUGCGAUCAUGCAUGUGGGUAACCGUGGGCGAAGAUGGGAGCAAAAUCCAACAAGUUGACAUUGCCAAUAGCUCAACCUAUGGUAAAAGGAAAGCUUUUUCGAAUUCUCAAAGAUACGCGGAUCUUCCCUUCAUCAAAAACAUCACUUAUCACAAUGUGCUGACAUGUUGGAAUAACGCGGGUAUGCAGAAUACUGUUCGAUCCAAUGGCUUUCGAGUAGAAUAUGUCUGGCCCAUUCCAACGCAUGUCAGAGACGGAUCAGCGGAGGGUGCUGACCUGUACUAUCUAACCAGCGCAAAGAGAGUUGGUGCUCAUUGGGAUCCUUUCAUGGACGAUGCCGUUGAUCCAGUCGUUGAUUAUGCGUGGGGCAUAGGAACAGCUCCUGGUAAAGACGACGUUUCGCGUUUCAGUAGCAUUGGCCUGCCCACAAAUGUUGAGAAAAACCUGGUACCCAACGCACCAGGCCUCGAUGUCUUAACCUCAGGACAAAAGUAUUACAAUACAAUAAAAGCCAUCUCUGCCAGAGGACUCAGUAGUGUGGGCUCUUCUAAUGGUUUUACAGUAGACUCCUCCCCACCCUUUAUAACAGAGGUCACCACACAUCACGAAGUCAAGGACCAAGAACAAAAAAGUGUGGAAAUAUAUGUUUCCUGGAGUAAGACUAAAGACAAUGAAAGCGGUAUAAAAAGCAGUGCAUACUGUUUGGGAACAACACCUCUUACUUGUGUGGCUGAGACAAUACCCGCAGGUGUGUCUACUUCAGGUAUCAUUGGCCCAUUUAUGCCCCAAACUCGUGCUGCAUACCAUGUGACUGUGUUUGUUGUAAACAGAGCUGGUUUAACAUCUGUUAUGUCGUCCGAAAAGCUGAUAUUUGACACAACACCACCGUCCUUGGGUAUUGUGAUAGACGGAAUUUGCCAGGAUAUCGACUUUACAAAUUCAACGAGUACCUUUGCAAUUCAAUGGAGAGGUUUUAAAGAUGAAGAAUCCGGUGUCACUGGGUGUUCUUGGGCACUGAUAGAACAGUCAGCGUCGGAUAACAGUUCCUCUUUUGGAAAUGACACAGUUGUUGUGCGAAAAGCCGUGGACAGCGGUGGGAACUUUACUGCGGGAAAUGUUAGUCUUGUUCCCGGCGCUCGCUACAUCAGUCGAGUAACCUGUACAAACGGUGAUGGCUUCAGUAGCACUUCAUCUUCUGAUGGUGUUAUUGUCGACGUCACUCCACCAAAUGCUGGUCUAAUUCACGACGGAUCAUCUCUCCUCUUUGAUAUUCAGUUUCAAUUCUCAACAACGGCAGUCACGGCAAUAUGGGAACCAUUCCGCGACCACGAGAGCGGUCUAGCAAAAUACCGCUGGGGCCUUGGAACUACCCCUGAUAAUGUUGACGUCUUAGAGUUUAAGGACGUCGGCAUGAAGACUUCAGCAAUUGCGGAGAACCUUACCCUUACACAUGGGGUAAGGUACUACAUUACAGUUGAGGCCACAAAUGGUGCUGGAAUGACGUCACAUGGAUGGUCUGAUGGCUUCAUCGUCGAUAACUCACCCCCUGAAUUGACAGAGCUUUCGCGGGGUUCUCGCUUGUGGCUUGGACCCGGAGGGAAACUUACAGCAUCCUGGAAAUCCCUAGAUCCCGAAAGUGGCAUAUCCAAAACUGAAUUUUGCGUAGGAACUUCAUCCAAUGGCUGUCAGGUUAAAUCCAUGACCAAACUAACCAACAACGGAACAGGAAUAACUUGCAAUGACUGUGAGUUAAGACACCAAGAAACAUAUUACAUUACCAUACGAGUUCAGAACGGAGCAGGGCUGUCUGCAUUGGCAACAACGGACGAAGUAAAAGUGGACCUCACUCCACCGUCUGUUGGUCAGGUGCUGCCGGCCACUGAUGUAACAUCGUGUGUGACAAACUGCACCCUGGUCUCUAACGUAACCUUCUUCCAGGAUGCUGAAAGUGGUGUGACAGCAUGCAGUUAUGCCAUACGAAACAGUACUGACUUGACUGGCGACUUUGUAAAUAAUGGUUUGAAAACAACCAUAGCAGCAACAGGGCUCCUGUUAGUGGCAGGUGAAAGGUACUACACCGUUGUGAGAUGCGAAAACAAAGUUGGACUUGUCACAGAAAGAGCAUCUACUACACCAGUCUUGGUUGAUGACACUCCACCUACUAAGGGUUCGGUAAUAGUAAGCCCAGACCGCACGCAUGACGUUUUUGGACUUCACUCCAGCUGCCACCUAUUCAACAAAACACUGCGGGCUCACUGGUUUGGGUUUUGGGACGAAGAAUCAGGUUUGAGCGGAUUUCGCGUUGCAGUUGGCAGACAUCCAAACGCAACAGACGUUCUUUCAUUCAAAGAUGUUGGCAUCACAGCAAAUGUCACGCUACCUCUUUAUGGCACAAGUGGGUUGUUUGAAGGAGACAUUGUGUACGUGACAGUCGAAGCACGCAAUCCAGCAGGCCUGGUUACGCAGAGUACAUCACCUCCUACAAGAUUGAUUUCAGCAAAUAACGACGAGUAUUUGGCGCAAGGAGACUUUUUCUGUUAGAACGUUUAAAAGGACAACAUGACGAACAGAUGGCUAGAGCUUUUAGAACGGCUAUUAUAAAUUUAUUCCUUGAUUUUCAGAAGUCCUAGAAAACCCUGAUCGAGGUGUAGAAAAAGUUAAGUGAAUUGAAAAGUAAGAGAUACUAAUGAAUUAGAUACCCAAACGUAAAGAAUGAAAAAUAGGAAUAGCACGCGGCGAAGUGGAAAGCACCGACAUGUGUAGUUGCGUUACGCCUGCACGUCACGUUUGAAGGACAAAUCACAUAAGUUGUUUGCGCAACGUAGCCGAUUCACGCGUAAUAUUGUUCGCUUCGUUUAGAUUCAAUUCUGUCUUGCAGAAAGAAGUUAGCUUCCCAAGAAAGUGACCGUAAUCGAAACCUUUCGUCCGUGAUACUUGUAACUUUCAUUUCAUAUCGAAGAAGUUGUAAGAUUUUCUACAGAAAUGGCAAGUUCAAAUUAAAAAAAGGUAGCAAAUAGACCGUUGUACAUCAGAAAAUAUGCCAAAUAAAGCGACUAAAAGUGAAUACUCGGAUUCACAGAUAA